AUGGUCUGUCAUGUCCAUAGUGCUCCUUCCGACGACGACGUCACCAUGUUUUCUCAUGUUCCUAAACCCAAGAGGGUCUACCAAAUCUGGCCUGGCAAUAACAAAUUCUAUUGCGGAGGGAGACUAGUAUUUGGUCCAGAUGCGUCUUCGCUUCUUCUAACCACAGCUAUGAUUGGAGGUCCUUCGCUCACUUUCUGCAUCCGUAUGGCUUUUUUGAUCGGGCAACGCCAUCAUCUGUUCCACUCUCUUGUUUUGAUGGGUGCACUUUUGCUCACACUCUUGGAUUUCAUAUUUCUCUUCUUAACAUCGUCUAGAGAUCCCGGGAUUAUCCCAAGGAGCAAAGAAACGCCAGAAGCAGAAGGGCUUGAUGUGAUGAGUCAAUCCACAGAGUGCGUAAACAACAAGCUCGGUUCCACAAAGUUGCCUCGAACCAAGGAUAUAAUGGUGAAUGGCUACACUGUCAAAGUCAAGUUCUGCGAUACUUGUUUGCUUUACCGUCCUCCUCGCGCCUCUCACUGCUCUAUCUGCAACAACUGCGUCCAGAGAUUUGAUCACCACUGUCCAUGGGUUGGCCAAUGCAUCGCUUUACGGCGGUGUUUGCAGAGAAACUAUCCGUACUUCAUCUGUUUCAUAUCAACAUCAACACUCCUCUGCUUGUACGUCUUCGUCUUCUCGUGGUUCAGCAUGCUUGAGGUACACGGCAAGAUGUUAUUGUUAAUGGUCAUCACAGACGACUCCGUAUUUGUUGCUCUCAUCCUCUACUGCUUCGUCGCCGUCUGGUUUGUCGGUGGGCUUACUACAACUUAUGAGAACUUCCGGUACCGAUAUGACAAGAAAGAAAACCCUUACGCAAAAGGUUUCUUCAAGAACCUAUAUGAGUUGUUCUUUGCGAGGAUCCCACCUCCCAUGAUCAAGUUCAGAGACUGGGCUCCAGAGGAACCCGAUGCCGAGGUUGGAUCCAUCGCAUCUGAGCUAGACAGAACCUUUGGACCCCGAGGAGAUAAGUAUGACAUGGAGAUGGAGAUUGGCGAUUGCAAAACUAGCAAGACCGGUUUGCAUCUCCAGGCACUGGACAACAACAACCAAAUUGAAGAAACUGUCAAGAGGAAAGGUUUCAGUGAAGGCACCAACACGGCGUUUUACAUGCCUGGGAUUCAAGAACCAGAGAUUAUUACAAGAAACUCCUCGAGCGUUGAUGUGAGAUCGAGAUAG